UGCGCAUGCGCAGAACACACACGACUGCAGCACGCUGUGCUGUGACGUUCAUAACAGAGGAGGCAAGUCCGAACACAUAUCUCCCAGCAUGUAAUAAAUAUUAGACGCCGCACCUUUAUAAAGGAGCCGAUUUAACGCGUUUCCGCAGCCUUCUCCGUCCGGCGACACAGAGAAUUAAAAUACAAUGUGAAGUGUUAAUAUUUUCGCAGUAGUUUUUACCUGUCAGCGCGAAUUUCUUCAGAGGACUGAUGAUGAUGAUGAUGAUGCAUGACGAGGAGGAACUGACCAGAGCAGCCGCGACUGGAGACACGGAGCGUGUUCGGCUCUUGCUCUCUAACGGAGUCAAUGUGAACGGAGUGAACAAGUUCGGAAGAACCGCGAUACAGGUGAUGAUGAUGGGGAACACAGCUUUGGCUCUCGUGCUGCUGGAAUAUGGAGCAGAUCCUAAUGUGGCUGAUCCCGGGACAGGAAGCACUCCUUUGCACGAUGCAGCCAGAACCGGAUUCAUGGACACAGUGCGGCUUUUAAUCCGCUUUAAGGCCGAUCCCAAUGCAGUGGAUCACAGCAGUUUGCGACCCGUGGAUGUGGCGCGGCAGACUGGCCAUGUGGACGUGGCUGAUUUUCUCAGAAGUGUUUAAACGCUAUUUUUUUUUGCAUUAGCUACAUAUUUAUAAAUUAAUAUGAAAGAUUUAUAGCUAUAUUUUAAAAGUAAAUGAAUAAGCACAGCAGUACAGUUAAUGCACUUCCAUUGUGUAGGAUAUAUUUGUAAUCAUUAUAGUUUGUGGAUUUAUAUGCUAUUGGGAGCAUUAAACAUUUUAAGUAUCUUUAGUUUCCUUUGAAUUUUUGGUUCACUGUUCAUUUUUAAUACAUGCGACAUCAUAGAAAAAACCCAACUUUAGUCUGUAGAAUUAAUGACAAUGUCAGCCUAUCACACAGCAUUAAUAGAUUAAAAAAAAUUAUUUAACAUGUCCAAAAUAUUUGAUAUUCACUUCGCAUGGUGAAUGAUGACUAAAUAGUCAAAUCGAGAAAAGAAAACGAAGUCAUCCGUUUUUUGAGUUUGCGCUCCACGCAACAGUAAUAUGUGAUUUACUUAUAUUUCUCAGCUCUGUCUCUCGUAAAGAAGAUAUUUUCGUUAAGUUUUCUAAUAAAUGCAACUCUCUAUAUGCCACCAGACAAACUUAAAAAACGUUUUGUUCUUUAUAACGCAUAAACUGGGUUCUGUCGCGCAUCGCCACACAAACUUGAGCGCAAAAAUAAUAUUAAUCUUGUGCGCAAAGUUUCUUGUUAUUAUCGAUGUCAUUUUUUACGCAAACCUUUUUGAUCAUACAAUUUACCUCUGCUGCUGCAAAUAACCUGUGCGGAAUACAGGUGCAGGUCUUGUGAAAAAGUUCGGCUAAAUAAAUACAAUGAUAAUGUGUAUUUAAAGCUUGAUUUUGCAUAGAGACUAUUAAGUUUUAAUAAGUGCAAAAGACAAAUAAAGUGAACCUGUUAAUUUCUGAGUUUGUCUUUAAAGAG